CGCGUGUUGAAAAAGCCGUGGGCUGCCAAACUUUGUAUCAGAUCGACCACUGAUACGAAGGGCGAGCGAGACUCGGACCACAAUAUACCUGAACGACCACGCGAAGGGCGCGAGAGCCGUGCGUCGACACUUGUCCUGUGUGGAUUUGUGCAAGUGCACCUUUCCAAAAGCUUUUCCAAGAAGAUGGAUAGUGCAACAAUCACCGCAACGCAGCUGACGCAAGGUGCAUGCACCAUCACUUUGCAAGAGUGCGCGCUCCAGAGUCAAACCAAGUCGAAGGUGCUGAAAAGACAGCGCUCCAGUUCACCCGAGCUUUUGCGCUGCAAGCGGAGACUCACGUUCAACGGACUGGGAUACACCAUCCCGCAACAGCAGCCCGUCGCGGUGGCGCGACGCAACGAACGCGAGAGAAACCGCGUCAAACAGGUCAACAUGGGAUUCCAGACGUUGCGUCAACACGUCCCGAACGGAGCGUCCAAUAAGAAGAUGAGCAAAGUGGAAACGCUGCGCUCGGCGGUGGAAUACAUCCGCGCGUUACAGCAGCUGCUGGACGAGCACGACGCAAUCUCGGCCGCGUUCCAGUGCGGCGUGCCGUCACCGACGCUCUCCAACGCGUACUCCGCUGACCCAGAGUCCCCACACUCCUCUUAUUCCUCAGAUGAAGGGAGUUACGAGCACCUGAGCUCAGAGGACCAAGAGCUACUGGACUUUACAACUUGGUUUGAUCGAUAUUGACUUUCUCGUGUUUGAUUAUGAGCGUAAAACUUGGCCCGGACGCGUCUGUUGACACAGCAGGCAUGCAGAGCAGGCAUGCAGAGCAGGCAUGCAGAGCAGGGAUGCUAUGGCUCAGUAGUUGAAGAUCUGGGCUUGCAACCGAUUGGUUUUUGGUUUGAAUCCGAACUGUGUGCUUGAUCAAGGCACUUGGCCCCAGGUUGCUCCAUAAGGACUAUCCAAGCAAUAAAAUGCUCACUUGUCAGUCUUUUUUUUUAAUCAAGAAACUCAAGAAUUACAACUGUGCCAAGUUACCCAAUGCAACUACAUCCAAAACAAGCCUGUUCAAUGUUUUACAACUGUCAGAACUGCUGGAUGGACUUUCACAAGUGCAGUUCUGGGCAAUGUUGAAGCGAUUCAUGCCAUAUUGUGUGGAUAAAACACACUUCCCCAGUCAAAUUGCAAGAAUGUCAGUUUUAACCCAUUCAGAAAUCUGAAGUAUGGCCAUAUAUGAAGAAACACAUAUAAUUAUAUACAUCAUUUAACACUAUUUGGAGAAAUAUACUGUAUGUUACACAUGAAAAUGACAAUUGUUGUGGUAUUUUGAAAUGUAUGUUGCAUAUAUGUAAAGAAUGUGACUUUUUAUUUCAGUGAAACCCAUAUAUGAACAUAAUAAUUUGACAUAUAUUGCCAUAUAUCAGAUUUCUAGAUGGGAAAUUGAAAUAUUGAUUAUUACCUACAACCAACUAGCAGGUCUGCUUAAUCGCCAAUGUUGAAAUUUGAAUGAUACCUUUUGUAUUGUUAAAGAUGAAGAUAUAUUUUUGUAAGUGGAGCACAACAUGUAUACUGCCUCUUUGAGACAAUGAACACGAUGAGUUUAUUGUAUUAAUAGCCACUUAGUUUAGAUCAGUGUUUUUUUUGUUUUGUUUUUUAACACUGGAGAAUUGCAAUCGAUCUGUAUUUAUCAAAAUGUUAUUGUUUAGAUUUAGUUCUUCCUGUAAAACUAUUGAUGGCAAACCUUUUUCAAUGCACUUGUCCAUUUU